CCACUAAACUCCUGAGUCUGGAGGAGGCCCAGGCCAGGACCCAGGCGCAGAUCAACUCUCCAGUCACUGAAGACAGCAAAUACAUCGAGGUGGGCGAAGGUCCGGCGGCCCUGCAGGGAAAGUUCCACACUGUCAUUGAAUUUCCCACCGAGAGGAAGAGGCCUCCCAUUAAAUCCAAGAAGUCUCCUGUGGGUAGUUGGCGUUCUUUCUUCAACCUGGGCAAGUCUUCCUCGAUGUCCAAACGCAAGCUGCCCCGCAACCCCAGUGAGCCCAAUGAACUAAAGGCCAUGGCUCUCGCUGGAGGCAGAGGAGACACGGCAACAUUAAGAUCAGCCAAAAGUGAAGAGUCACUGAGUUCCCUGCACAAUGUUGAAGGAGAGUCCAAGCUGUACCGUCCUCGGCGGCCGCGCUCCAGCAGCGACGCCCUGUCAGCUUCCUUUAACGGCGAGCUGCUGGACAGCCGACAGCACUGCAACUCCUACGACAACCUGGGCACUACGGAGGACAGCGACGGAGACGACGGGCCCAUCUGUGUGCCGGCCCUCAUCUCCCCUCCCCGCUCGGCAGGUGAAGAUGUGGACCUUAGCCCGCCAGACAUCGGCAUGGCCACCUUGGACUUUGACCCCAUGUCUUUCCAAUGCAGUCUCCCCGAUACCUCUUACCCCUUCCCCCUGGAUGACUCACCCGCUGGGGCUGAGGGUUCCACGUUAAAGAGGAGCCCCGGAAGUAACUGUGGCAAGACCAAUGGCUCUGACCUCAUCUCUGCUACCUUCCUGGGUAGCUUGAUGUCCCCCUUGUUGUCCACAGACUUAUUCCUGGCCGCUGGAGAGAAGGUGGAAAGCAAGAAACUGCCUACUUCCUAUUCUUACAGCGAUAAACCAACACAGGCCGUGUCGCCCAUUAAAUGUGGAAAGACCACAAGUUUAACACCAUUUGCCACCUCAGAGCUUUUCUCUACUAAGAGUCCUGACAAAAAUACAACUGGAAAGGCUGUCUCUCCACAGCCAUUAUCUCCUCCUCCUGCAGCCAAGGACUCUCCUCCCCUGAUGGGCAGUGUGCUGCUGAGGGCAGCCGAGCCUUCGCUAAGCGAAGCUUUCCAAAUGGAGCUGCACUCUAAGCUGACGGGUUGCGACAGCGUGGACGGUCGAGAGCUGAAGGGAGAGGACAGCAUACAGCAGGCGCCAGCCGCCAGCAACCAAGAGGACCAAGGAGUCGUAGCUCCGGACUCGUCAAAGGACCUCACCCCUCGUUCCCUCAGCUCUACAAUUCCCACUGUUGCCCCUCUUCCUCCUCCUCCCCCUCCUAAAAAUGCUGCCCGCAUGUUGGCCCUGGCCCUGGCAGAGUCUGCCCAGCAGGUCUCCAGUCAGUCUCAGUCCAGAUCCUCUGAGCCUUCCACACCGCUGUCCCCUCUGCUGCAACAGGAGGUCUCUGACUUCCAGGACACGUCACAUCCUCGGGUCCCACAUUUCCACGCUUCCUCCUCUGAGGGAACGGGAACAGGAAGUUCCCCGCCUCCACACAGCGCUGCUCCAACUGUCAUUUCAGCGUCAUCUUAUCCCUCCACUUCCAGUCCUACAAUCAAACCCCAGCCUCUAGAGUUUACCAGCACCACUACCAAGCCGUCAGCCAGGACCGAGUCCUCUACAACUCCACCUGCAACACAGCCAGAAACAGACUCCACCCCCCCAGACACUCCUUUUUACAAGUGUGCUCCAGGCCCCAGUUCAACCAGCCUGACUUCUCCAAUCAGGAAAAGUCCCGAAAGGCAGCAGCCUGUCCCAGGACAGACCCCAGUCCGUCCCAGCUCAUCUGGUACCACUCCAGCCACCUUCCCAAGUGGCAGCUGCAAAGAUACUAGAGUCUUACCCCAGCUUGUUCCUGAGGUCACACCAGAGGAGACUGAACCCCCCCCAGUUCUUCCAAAACCAUCAGAGAAGCCACCUCCAGCAAUUCAAAAGCCCAAGAGGCAUGCAGUCUCGCUGCCCAAGCAUCAAACACAAAAAACACAGCAACAGAGCCCAGCUCAGAUACAGCCUCAGACCCAGAUCCAACCCCAAACACAACCUCAGCUCCCCUCGAAGGCCAGCGCAAGAGUGGCCCCCACUUCUGCUGAGCCUCUUGAGAAGCCUUGGGAGGCCAUAAAGCCAGUACAGCCCUGUACAGAGUCUGCAAAGUACCACAACGUGUACGGACCCACACCUCCAGCCCCUCCUGUCCGCACCAUAGAGAGCAAACUGGCCACAGCCGCACUCAGCCAAAGCGAAGCCUCCUAUGUUCUGGGGGAAGGCCCGGUGCCUUGCCAUCCGGAGGCUGCCCUGCCUCACCAUCCCCCUUCUCCUCGUAAAUCUUCCACGCACCAGCCAGCCUAUCUGUACCACACUAAAGGAGAAUUAAUUGAGCCUCCCGGAGCUGCAUACUACCACCAGAGACCGGUUCCGCUGGGCCCGCAGUCCGUGCCACACCACUUCCGGCCCGACAGCGUCCCUCCACACCUCUCCUACGUGUCCAAAUCAGAGCCUCAGAUACCUUACAGUGCCCGACUAGACAACAGAUACAGCACUUUAGGCCCCAGGUCCCACCACCACUCUAUGAAGUCACGAGGAAACCCCCGCGGUGUGUACGUGUCUCCGGGGCCGGGGAAUCAGGGUUAUAGCCAUGACAGAAACCAAGGCUAUCCCACCAUUCGCCGAGUGCACUCACUCCACGUUCCUUCCACUAUCCGCUCAGUGCCCAUCCAAAGGACUGAAGUUCCCCCAGAUGACGAGAUUUUCUUCUACCAUCGACCCAUGUAUCCGUGCAAAGCCUACCAGCAGCCCCCCCAGCAGUCCUCACAGGCCGACUACCACGUCACCCAGCUGCAGCCUUACUUUGAGAAUGGACGUGUGCAGUAUCGCUACAGUCCAUACUCUGGCUCGAGCCCUUUGGAGGCGCCUUACUAUGACAUUGACCCUUACGGCACCAUCCGGGUCCGACACCUCCCCUCCCAUGGCAGCCGAGAUCCGGGAGCCGCUGCUGGCCAACCGGGUGGAAAGGCGACCGGGUACCACUACCUUGCUCGCCAUGUCAUCCCACCUGGCAAGGAGCACAGCUUUGUGAGCAGGGACAUGCCCCCCAGUCAUGGAACCAAGGAAGCUGCUGCUUACCUCGUUUGGAGCCCCGAGGAGUCUGAAAGGCUCCGCAUGCACUCCAUCCGCAGGGAGAGCCGGGCCAGACAGAAGAUCAAAGGCCCUGUCCUCUCUCAGUAUGACAACGUCGGCUUGUUUGCACCAGCAGACAUACCAAGCUAUGAAACCCUGCACCUGCGCAGCAAAUCCGACCCGGGUAAAGCUGUGCUGGUUGCAGCCGAGAGCAAAGACGGCCGCUACCUGCCCAGACACAUGGCGUCAGACGCCGACGUCCUCAUGUACAUGGAGACAGACAAGCAUGUCCAGGGCAGCGCAGUAGGCGACAAGUCAGACGGCCUUGGCAAGCAUAGCAGUACCAAGAAGUGCAAAUCCUCCCACUCCCUUCCAGCUACUCUGAGCCACAGUCUGUCCCAUCAGCAGGAGAGCAGCCGGCACGACGCCAAGUACGAGACCGGAGACGACAAGCUGGGCGGGGACGGCAGCAGGUCUAAACACUGGCAGCAGGAGUAUCCCAACAAGUGGAACUUCCAGCCACGUUACGAGGGCCCGGAUUCUGACCACCACCAGGGUAAAGCGAAACCGUCGGGCGGCUACCACAGUACAGAGGACCAGGCGUCGGCGCCCAGGGAACAACAGGCCCGCUCCAAAGUGGAGCGGUCCCACAGCGUCCGGGAGCAGCAGCACUACAGCCAGGGCAACCCCGACCUGGACAGAGACUUCUCAUAUCAGAAACACGGCCCAAAGCCAGCGCUGUCCCACUACGACAACUUGGACGAUUACCACCCAGUACCUCAGCCUCCGGCCCCGGUUCAAAAACGUGGAGGCUCCAGCUCCUAUCCCGCCCCCGGGUUCACAGUGAGCCACAGCAACAGGGCGUACUCCACAGCACUGGGCCAGGGAGCCUUUAUCCAGACUGACAUGGCCAUGCAGAGGCCAGAGACAGAGAUACGUACAGAAUGAAGCAUUUAGGAGGGGGUGGACGUGUGAAAUUAUCUUUAGCUGUGUAGAAGAAAGACUCCAUUGCGCUACGGUUGCAGCCUCUGCAGGACAGUGGACUGUAGUAUCACCAAUAUUUUUGCUCCUCUGUAUUUUUAAUGAAUUGUAAAGAAAAUUGUAAGACUUUUCACAGAAAGUCCUGAAUGUACCUGAAAUUAUUGUCCAAUGGGUCAUAUUAUUGUGAUUGAUUGAGACAGUAGCCAGUCCUAAAUGUAAAUGAUAUGAAAGAUGUAAGGUACUUUUAACAGGGACACAAAAAUGUAAAAUAUAUAUACCAUAUAUAUAUACAUAUAUAUGAAUAGAAUUACUAGUAAAACGGGAUUUUAGUUGUUUUUUUUUUUGUUUUUUUUAGGUGUGGCACUGGGUAUGAGCAUCAACUGGGAUUAAGGUUUGCAUUUUAGAAAUGCAUGCACACUAUCUCUUACAGAACAGUUCUGUGUCGUUCAAUAUCCAUUGCGUUCUUUCUGGAUGUUACAGCACAAGUUAUUGGAGGAAAAUAUAUUUAGGUCAUCGCAUCCUCCCUCUGCUAAUAUGUACACGUACAAGUAGGCGGUGCGGGGAAGAAUCCGACUGGGCGUGAGGUUUGAUAAGGAGCUGCAAUGGGUUACUUUCAGAUAAUAUAGUGGUUAUCAAUGUCUUAUUUUCUGUGUGACUGUGCCAUUUUUAUGUAACUUUGCUAUAAACAGAUUUCAAUCACUUGUAAUGGAAUGGUUUGGUACUUAUUUUUUUUUUUUUGGAAGAGGGACCAAACGACUUGGCGCUGUUGUUGCACAUACCCGGAUGAAGAGGGGAAGGUGGAUGGAUGCCUGUUGUACCUUUUUAAAAUGUUUUUUUUCACCGCAUUCUUGGUACUUUCAUGAACUGGACUGACUGAAUAAAGCUGAGAACAAUAUCCUCUCAAACAACGUGGUGAAAACAUGUAGCCGCUGCUUUGUGGGGGGGGGGGGGGGAACAACUUGGAGAUCAGCCUUAAAUUUUGUUCCACAGACCAUAUUUUGUUUACUUCACCAUUGCCAUAAUGCAUUGGGAUAUCUAGAUUUAAGAUCACCUUUGAUGAUUUUGGAUUGUUCAGGGUUGACAGGAGAGGUGACCCACUGGGGACAUCACUGGUUCUGAAUUUAAAACAAUUGGGGAGGGAAUUCUUUUAUUCUGUUUUUUUUUUUAGCUAUCUGGGGCCAUUUCUUUUCAGUCUGGAAAUUGAUGUACAUUCAUCUGGUAUUAUACUACAUGCCCUUUUGGUUUAUCAUACUGUAUGGAUUACAAUAUGUUUCAAAUAUGUCUAAAUCCAGGUUGUACUCUGUAACUGUUUGACUUCUAUUGCUUGCAGGUUUUGCUCCUCUUGCCUUAUCUAAAGCCUCGACCUUUUCAGAUGGGGAACUGAAGUAAGGCGCUGUCUAAUUGAAUGUGAAAACACUCCUCUCUCUCAAACUAGAGGUGUCUGCAGUUAGAGAUGAAAUGAAUAAAACUGUUCAGGAAUAGCU